AUGGCCGCCGAGCUGAGGCGAGGGAUCUCGCGGCAGCUGUCGACGGGGUCGGUGACGAAGAGCGGCAAGUUCAGCUUCGGGCGGCAGAACUCCAUGGACCCGCGCCGCAACAACUUCCGGUUCAGCUUCGGGCGGCAGUCCUCGCUGGACCCCAUCAGGCGGACACCCGUGGCCGACGACGGCGGCACAGGGGCCGAAGGAGAUCUGGCGGUGCCGGAGAAUCUCGACUCGACUAUGCAGCUUCUGUUCAUGGCGUGCCAGGGGGAUGUCGAGGGGGUUGCAGACUUGCUGGAUGAAGGGGUUGAUGUUAACAGCAUCGAUCUUGAUGGCCGGACUGCACUUCACAUUGCCGCCUGUGAGGGCCACGUGGAGGUUGUCAGGCUUUUGUUGAGCAGGAAGGCCAAUAUCGAUGCUCGAGAUCGGUGGGGUAGCACGGCUGCCGCUGAUGCCAAAUAUUAUGGAAACAUUGAUGUUUACAAUAUUUUGAAGGCUCGUGGGGCCAAAGUUCCAAAAAUCACAAAGACUCCAAUGACGGUUGCAAAUCCUCGUGAAGUCCCUGAAUAUGAGCUCAACCCAUUGGACAUUCAAAUACGAAGAAGCGAUGGUAUCUCUAAGGGAGCUUACCAAGUUGCUAAGUGGAAUGGCACAAAAGUUUCGGUAAAGAUACUCGACAAGGAUGGCCAUGCAGACACUGAUUCUAUAAAUGUCUUUCGACAUGAGUUGACCUUACUAGAAAAGGUUCGGCAUCCUAAUGUCGUUCAAUUUAUUGGUGCUGUCACACAAAACAUGCCGAUGAUGAUUGUUUUGGAGUAUCAUUCAAGAGGAGAUCUGGCUAGUUACCUUCAGAAAAAGGGGCGCCUCUCCCCGUCUAAAGCAUUAAGAUUUGCUCUUGAGAUUGCCAGAGGCAUGAAUUAUCUUCACGAAUGCAAGCCUGAACCAAUCAUACAUUGUGAUUUAAAGCCAAAAAAUGUUUUGCUCGAUUUUGGAGGGCAGCUGAAAGUUGCAGGGUUCGGUGUUAUUAGGCUGUCAACAAUCUCACCCGACAAAGCAAAAUUGGUGCAGCCUGAGGCGAUUGAUCGUUCAAGUUUCUAUGUAGCUCCUGAACUUUACAAAGAUGAAGUAUUUGACAGAAGUGUAGACGUGCACUCUUUUGGCGUUAUGCUUUAUGAGAUGAUGGAGGGAGCACCGCCAUUUUCUUCCAAAUCUCCUGACGAGGCUGCAAAAUUAAUUUGUUUGGAAGAAAAGAGACCUUCAUUUAAGUCAAAAUCCAAAUCUUUUCCUUUAGAACUAAAAGAGUUAAUCGAGGAAUGCUGGCAUCCGGAUUGUGUUGUGAGGCCGACAUUCUCCGAGAUCAUCAUUCGACUCGAUAAAAUCGUCAUGAAUUGUUCUAAACAAGGAUGGUGGAAAGACACUUUCAAACUCCCAUGGAAAUGA